AUGUGCGGCAUCUACUGCUGCUACAACUACAAGGGCGACCUUGCCGCCUUCCGCCCUCGCGCCAUUGCGUGCUCGAAGCGUCAGCGUCACCGUGGCCCCGACUGGUCGGGCUGUUUCAUUGCCCAGGACUCGAUUCUCGUCCACGAGCGUCUUGCUAUCGUCGGUGUUGACACCGGUGCCCAGCCCCUCACCAACGAGGACAAGUCGCUCAUCCUCGCCGUCAACGGCGAGAUCUACAACCAUGUCGCUCUCCGCAAGGGCCUCAAGGACAAGAGCGCAAAGUUCAAGACCCACUCUGACUGCGAGGUUAUCAUGCACCUCUACAAGGAGCACGACACCGGAGUGUGCAACAUGCUCGACGGCAUGUUCUCGUUUGUCCUCCUUGACCAGUCGGUGACGCCCUCGCGCGUUAUCGCUGCCCGUGACCCAAUCGGCAUCACCACCCUCUACAUGGGCUGGCACUCGUCGGCGCCCGAGACCGUCUUCUUCGCCUCGGAGAUGAAGUGCAUCCAGGACGAGUGCGACACCAUCAAGGCGUUCCCUCCUGGACACUUUUACGACUCGAACAAGGGCGAGCUUACCCGCUACUACAACCCCACCUGGUGGAACACGGACGAGACCGAGCCUCCCCACAACCCCACCGACUACACCCUCAUCCGCGAGACCCUCGAGACUGCCGUCAAGAAGCGUCUCAUGUCUGAGGUUCCCUACGGUGUGCUCCUCUCGGGCGGUCUCGACUCGUCGCUCAUUGCGUCGAUCGCCGCUAGAGAGACCGACAAGCUCGCCGAGGCGCAGGAGGCCAAGCGCAAGCGCCGCCUCAGCGUGUCGUCGAACGGAUGGGUUGGCGACGACGAGGGACAGCCGCUCGCCGCCUGGCCCCAGCUCCACUCGUUUGCCAUUGGUCUCGAGGGCGCUCCCGACCUCAUUGCCGCCCGUAAGGCCGCCGACUUCCUUGGCACCGUCCACCACGAGUACCACUUCACCGUUGAGGAGGGCCUCGACGCUAUCGCCGAGGUCAUCUACCACCUCGAGACUUACGACGUCACCACCGUCCGCGCCUCGACCCCCAUGUACCUCCUCUCGCGCAAGAUCAAGGCCAUGGGUGUCAAGAUGGUCCUCUCGGGUGAGGGCUCUGACGAGAUCUUUGGUGGUUACCUCUACUUCCACGCCGCGCCGAACGCAAAGGACUUCCACCAGGAGUGCGUCAAGCGCGUCAAGAACCUCCACACGGCCGACUGCCUCCGCGCCAACAAGUCGACCAUGGCCUGGGGUCUUGAGGCUCGCGUCCCCUUCCUCGACAAGGAGUUCCUCGAGGUCUCGAUGAACAUUGACGCCAAGGACAAGAUGUUCACCAAGGGCGGCACCCAGCAGAUUGACGAGGACGGCCGCCCCCGCAUGGAGAAGUACAUUCUCCGCAAGGCGUUCGACUGCGCCCCUGACGGAAAGCCGUACCUCCCCGACUCGAUCCUCUGGCGCCAGAAGGAGCAGUUCUCGGACGGUGUCGGCUACUCGUGGAUUGACGGCAUGAAGGCCCACUCAGAGCAGGUCGUCACGGACCAGCAGCUCGCCGACGCCAAGAACCGCUGGCCCGUCGGCACCCCCGAGACCAAGGAGGCCUACUGGAUCCGCGAGAUCUUCGAGCACCACUUCCCCUCGGACGCUGCUGCCGGCACUGCCGUGCGCUGGGUUCCGAAGCAGGAGUGGGGCGUCUCGUCGGACCCGUCUGGCCGCGCCGUCGCGAUCCACACGGCGGCGUACGACGGCAAGGCGUAA